AUGGCUCCUAAGCAGCAUGAUUCAUCUCUCUCUACCCUAUUUCUCUUAGCUACAUUAAUCUAUAACGUUGGAAUUGUCGGUUGUCAGAUUAAGAGGUCUGAAACUUUUCCAAUCUUUGGUGCAACCGGACCAGAGAGUCUUGCCUUUGAUCGGAAUGGUGGUGGCCCAUACACAGGUGUUUCUGAUGGUCGAAUAAUAAAGUGGCAAGCAAACGUGAAUCGCUGGGUCGAUUUUGCUACAACAACUCCAUACAGAUUUGGUUGUCAAGGUCCGUUUGAUCAUGUUCUUACAGAGGCAAGAUGUGGGCGACCAUUGGGGCUAAGUUUCAAUCAUAGGACUGGUGAUCUUUACAUUGCCGAUGCCUAUAUGGGUCUCCUAGUCGUAGGUCCUGAGGGUGGAUUAGCGAGACCACUGGCUAAGGAAGCUGGAGGAGUUCCUUUCAGAUUCACCAAUGAUGUAGUUGUCGACCAAAACAGUGGUAUAGUAUAUUUUACUGACACCAGCACAAGAUUGCCAAGAAGUGCAUAUGCUUACGUGAUAUUAAGUGGUGACAACUCAGGCAGGCUGUUGAAAUAUGACCUGAGAACUAAUCAAGUGACGGUUCUUAUGGACCAUCUCAUGUUUCCAAAUGGAGUAGCAUUGAGCAAAAAUGGAGAUUUCUUACUCGUUACUGAAACCACAAAUAGUAGGGUGCUGAGGUAUUGGCUUGAGCCAUCCAGGGUUGGCACGGUUGAUGUUUUCGCAGAGCUUCCAGGAAGGCCAGACAAUAUCAAAAGAAACCAACAAGGUGAAUUUUGGGUGGCGGCUAACUCACGAGAUGGGAUAUACAAUCCGCUUGGAAUGAUAGUUAAACUGAGUCAAAAUGGUGACAUAUUGAAGGUAUUAGAGGCUGGAAAUGGGGAGACAUGGCAGCUUAGUAGCGAUGUGAAUGAACAGAAUGGAAGUUUGUGGAUAGGAUCUGUAGAAGAAUCUCGGGUCGUGAAGAUAAAACUCUAA